AUGAAUUGGAAGGGCCCAUAUGUAGGAGCAUUAGUUUUGGACGUUGGACAUUCAACCAUAAGGGCGGGAUACUCAGGAGAAAGUUUGCCCUCCCAACUGUGGUCUUCUUCAGUUGGAAUAGGCUCUGGUGCUGACGUGUUCCCGGUUAUUCCAGGUUCCAGGUAUCGCAUUAAGUCAGUAGAACACAUUAAAUACUACGACACCGAGAGUAAUGGAAUUGUGGUUAAUAGGAAUGCAUAUUCUAGAGCAGUGAGAGGGACUCUUUCAGGACGAGUUUAUGACAAAGCGAUGAUUGAGCACUUGAAGGGUUCAUGUAAUGGUAAUGAUUUUGAGGAGGUUUCGUUAUUGGUGGGAGCACACAAACAUGAUGGAGAAUGCUGGGAUAAUUUUAGCAAUUACAUGAUAUCAGGGGAUAACCUGGACAAGAUUCCGGAAAGGGACGUUUUGACUCCCUCCAACGUCGUUGAUUUUAUCCACUCAUUUAACUCUGUAUCCUCUGGAUUAUCUGAGGUUACCGGGUCCAGACCGGUUUUUAUAGUUGAAGGAAACGAAUCGACUAAAAAGAAUCGGAUGGUUCAGACUGAGGUGUUAUUUGAGGAGUUGGGAGUCCCGGGAUUGUACUUUGGACACGGUGGUCAGUUAGCUUCCUAUUCACUCGGCCUUUUCAGCUCAGUUGUGAUUGACAUUGGAAGCUCCACUACCUCAGUAACCUUUUUGGCCGAUGAUGAGGUUAUAGGCUGGAAGGAACACAGUGUUGGAGGAGACCAUGUUGACUCAAUUAUCCUGAACCUCCUAGCGGGGACUAGUGAGAGUAAUUUUUCUUACAUAAUGAAUCAUCCUGAGUACAAUUUGGGCGUCUCGACCCUCUCCAAAAUCUCUGUUAACGACGCAACUGAGAUAGGAAAUAGGCAACUCAAUAAGGAAAUGAGCUUGGAUGUGUAUAACAUUCAUCAUGAUGUUAGGACUUUGAAGGAAAGUAUACUGAGGGUCUCACCAGUGCCUCUAGUUGUAGAUUCAGAGCUUAACAUGACAGCUCAGCUCCCAGAUGGAGAGGCGUUUGAACUGUCUGAUGAGGGAUCAAAAUUGAGGCUGAAUUCUAAAGGUAAGGGUUUGAUGCCGGAGAUACCUUUGGAUGCCAAGACCAUAAUUAGCCUAGAUAGGAUUAACCCUUUUCAGCUAGUUGGAAUAUCUUGCGAAGUUCUUUUCAACCCUCAAAUUGCUUACGUACCCAAAUUCAUUGAUUUGGGUUCCUUUAGGGGAGUAGUACCCAUUUGCGAAGAUCUUUUGAGGGAUAACUCUACUUACAGAAGGGAUAUUUUUGGCCAGAUUGUCCUAGUUGGGGGCUUCUCAGGUGCUUCAGGAUUACAGGAAAGGCUAACCAUGGAGAUGAAUAGAGCCUCUGGGAAGUCACCACAAGAAUCAACCCUUUCAGGCACAAAAUGUAAAUUCGUUACCUUCAAUUCAAAGCAAGCAAGCAGGCAUGCUUCCUGGAUUGGCGCGUCAAUCUUAUCAAGUCUUGGCUCUUUCCAUAAAUGUUGGAUUUCUAGGCUAGAAUAUAACGAGCAUGGACCUAACAUUGCCAAUCGUAAGGGUCCGACCUUCAGUUACAACAAAUAA